UUUGUAAGCAUCGUAUAGCUGUUAGUUUGAUGUUAGGCUUCACAUGUGAAACAUACUAACAGUGCCUCAAUUCAUACCAAUUUAUACUAAUCCUAACCAUUACACCAGUGUUUGUGUCUCAACUCAUUCACUAAGGAUUACUCUCAACUUGUUUUGUCUUUUUAUUUUCAAAUAGUUUUUAAUAAAUUACUCAAAUAUACGGUCAAAUUCAUUGAUGAAUUAGUUGAAGGUUUCAUUGAGUAAAUUAAUGCUUAUUUCAUUGAUUAAUAAUAUUUAUAUAUAACAUCCGGUGCUCUGUACUAGUGGUUCACUAUAUACUGUGUGUGUGUAUACUAUAUAUAUGAAACCCACGCAUACCGUAGUAUUUGAUGUCAUAUACUCAUACAUAUAGUGAACGCCCGCGCCUUUCAGCCCAACAUCUCAUUGAUAAGAGAUUAUACAUUUGAAUGGGCGAUACAAAUGUGUAGUAUUAGUAGUAGUAUGAGUGGUAUGACUGCCAACUCCAUCAAUGACAUGACUAACAUAACUGCAUCCACACAUCGACACCAACACUAACCAAAUAUCACUACCAAAUACAUCGACAUUACUAUCAUUUUCUUAUUUGGAUAUUUAGUAUAACUUUGUAUUUAUUUGAAUUGAUUGUUUGAAUGGUCAACUCGGAUGUCCUCCACAGUGAUUAAGUGUUGAGUGAUUUGAUGAUUGGAUGCCAACUGUCAAACAAUGCUCUCUUGUUUCCCAUUUCCUUAUUCUUCAUUAAAAGAUGAUGACUAUGACUACAGUCACCUCUUUAUAAAACAGGAGGACCAACAAACACAACAUACAAACCAUAUUAAGGGAUUAAAUCACAAUCAAUCAGUUAUCUCAACAAACAGUUCUACAGUUGAAUAUAAACUGAAAAAUUUGGCCAAAAGUGAGUUGUCGUCACCACAAAUCCCAACCCGUGAUAACAUAAAACUACCGAUUCCUGUGCCGCGAACUUUCCGAAAACCACACUCACUAUUAUUGAAUUCAACUCCGGUGUCCAACACUCCAUCCAAUACUCAUUCAUUGAACAGUUCCUCCAAAUCAAGUCUUUUAAAGUUAGGUUUUCAUCGAAGCAAAGGAACCGAACAUUUGCAGAGAGAAGCCAUCAGAAAGUCUAACGAAACACAUAUAGCGGCUCUUCAUUCACAAAGAUAUAUCAAACUUCCCACUAAAUCAAUGACUUCUUCAAUCACUAACAAAUCAAAUCAGUCAUAUAUUACAAAGUAUGUCGGAUGUCUGGGAAUCAAUACAUCGAUGAAAAGUCUAGAUUUUGACACCCGAUCCCAAAUCGCCAAAGAGUGCAUUAAUAGAGUUUGUGAAUUGGGUCGACUGAAGACCCCCGACAAGAAAAGACGACCUGAAAAAAGAAUUCAUAAGAUGUUAGCCGACACCCCCAAUAUGGAGUUUGCCGGCGUUGAUGUCAAUCUAGUAAUAACCAGCUCUUACUUGCAUUUAACUACUAUAGAGACCGGAGAGGUUAUUGCCAAACAUGAAAUGCCAAAUAUAUCGUUUGCUUCGAGAGGCGAUGCUGAUACUAUAGAUUUUGUGUCUUAUGUGGCUAAAGAUCACAGGUAUGGUAGAGCUUGUUUUGUACUCGAGUGUGGCGGCGGUCUCGCACAUGAUGUUAUCACUGCUAUUGGACAGGCAUUUGAACUCAGAUUUAAAGAAUUUUUGAACCGAAGUCCCAGAACUACUUCAGUCAAUGAAAUACUCGAAAGUGCUGUUCCUAAUGGUCUGUGUCAUACAAUUAAUAACAAUUUUAAUACAGACAACGAUAGUAAAAAUAGAUUGGAUGAACGCGAUUAUUAUAAUGAUUUACCCGGAAAAAUACCACCUGAUGUGCCUCCUGUUGAAACAAACUCUAAAACAUCUCUUAGAGACUGUUCAAGUACUCAAAGAGUACCACAAGCAGCUCCGAGAACAGCUAUUAAGAAGUCAAACGAACAAAACAGUCCUAAUUUGAUUGAUUUAAAUAUUGAUAUUCAAGACCACAUCAAUACAACACAAUCAGAGUCCUCCAUCAUUGAUCCAAACACCCAAAUAGUAGAUCAUCAAUAUGUCAAUUGUUCCACUGAUGACUCUAAUAAUAAUAACAAUCAAAAUAAAACAGAUAAUUCAAAUAAUGAGUCAGUGAUACAAACAGCAAAAGAUCCAUUUGAUAUGAAACCAUUCAAUAGUGCUUUAGCAGAGGUAACGACAGACCCUUUAAAAGCAAAUUGUUCUCAAACGACAACAACAACAACAAAGAGUACAAUAAAUUGUAAAUUAGAACAAGAAGAAUGGUUUCACGGACCUAUCAGUCGUAAAGAAAGUGAAACACUUGUUGUAAAAGAUGGAGAUUUUCUUGUGAGAGAAUCUCAAGGAUCAGUUGGACAGUAUGUCUUAACUGGUAUGCAAAGCGGAUUUAGGAAACACUUACUACUUGUGGAUCCUGAAGGAGUGGUACGAACAAAAGAUAAGACAUUUGAAAGCGUUAGCCAUCUAAUCAAUUAUCAUCGAAACAAUGGUUUACCCAUAAUCUCAGCGGAAAGUGCUCUCCUUCUUAGAAAUCCAGUAUUAGUUAAACGUUGAGAUCUGAAACCGACAUUUAGACUAUUUUUUGUUAUAUUUCUAAAAUUAAAUUUUUAAAUUAUGGUAUAUUUUUAUUGUCCGAAUCUCACAAUUACCUAA